AUGGCAUCGUCUUUCACCAGCAAUUUGUUAGUAACUCGAAGACCUUACCUUGCAACAGCGAACAAGCGGGAGGAAAAUCUCAUCAAUGCAUACGAGGCUGAGGAGGAACGCAUUAUCAAUGUUCUAUCGCGCAAGCUGGAGCAGUUACGAGAGGAGAAGAUUGACCUCGAAAAUGCUCUUGAAGCUGAAUCUGAGUCUCACGUAAACAGGCUGAGCAGAGAGCUUUCUGCCCUCCGACUAGCACAACAGCAACAACUCUCGGGGACGAAUGGCUCGAUAUCUGCUUCACCGGAAAUGAGAGUAGGUCUCCAAACCUUUAUGUCUGCCAGCAUCCCUACCAGUAUGCCGAGCGCAGAGGUAAUGUUAGAAGCCAUGCGGCGGGAGAACGAACACCUACGCAAUAGACUUGUUGACACUGAGAGGGAUUAUAUUCGGAUAUCGCGGUUAAAUGAAAUAUAUCGUGAAGAACUCAUUGAGCAUCGCAGACGUCUUGGGCUGCCUGUAGAUAAUUUAAUAGGGUUGUCUUCGGUGGAUCCCUAUUCACAGCCAACACACCGAAGAUCAGUAUCUAACAUGUCCUCUCCAAGCACCUCUGUCAUUCAAUCGCAUACUUCACGAGCGGCUCGCCCUGUCCCUGGUGGCGUCCCUAUUCCCCGUCCGCCGUCGCAGCUACAUCGACCUAUUCACAACGCAUCUGAAACUAACACCCCACUCUCCCAUUCACCAUCCUCAUCAGAAUCCCCGUUUCCAUUUUCACCUUUAAUGUCCACAAACCCUGCCAGUUUCGUCAGCAACAGUACUCAGCUCACUAGUCCGCCAUCGUCAGCUUCGUUUUCCAAUCCUCCUGCGCCAUAUCCUCCUCCCUCUCAUACACUGACCUACCCAGUGGUACCUCCACCAUCUCUGUCUUCAUCAUUCGGUUCUCCCACAGUAUCGCUCUUGCCCCGCAGAGACCAUUCAUUAUCUCCUGUAGAUCCGGCCAGCCGGCGAAAUUCUAAUGCAAGAGGUAAUUUUGAACGCCGAAGGCCUGAAAAUGGUUCAUAUGCCAGUCGUAGCCAAAGCAGGAGAGGGAGCGUUGAACGAGGUGCGAGAGUAGCAGAGACUGGCACGCUUGUACCUCGCAGUCGGGCGAGCAGCCAGAGUUCACCACUCGCGUCUACCGCCGAGGCCCCUCUUGCGCAUGGCCUUCAACAUCGCCGCCUUUCUUUUGUAACCAUGUCAUAUCAAUUUCCAUACAAUGUUGGGGGAUAUUCCUCAACGCCCACUACUCCACGUACAACAUACCCAUGGGAAGAUCAGUGUCAGCAGCCUGAACAGCAUCAAAAUCAGCAACAGCAACAACAGCAAGAUGUGUAUAGUGCCAGUCCACCAGCAAUCAUUCAAUUGCAAGAACAAGUACCAAUAGUCCCUAGUCAGAAUCCUGUUGGUCGUGAGGGUGAAUCGCUGCGAAUGCAGCAUUCCGCAUCAGCAAUGAUGUCGGCACAUGGAAGGCCAGAAGGCCCUAGCGGGGACAUGAGGCCUCUUAUCCAUGUUGACACGACGCGCUCUGUUCAUGCGAGUUCCAGUCCACCUUCUGCAGGAGGGAUGUCCGGACCUGGGCCUAUAAGGGCAAGGGUAUCGCCCACUCAUACAGAUGUGCGGCUGGUAUCACAUCCCUAUAUGCGCCCUCAAAGCGCAGGUGGGUCAGGAGGAGCGAAUGUGAGACAUCGCAGAGAGCAUGAACAUAAUGUGAGGUUUACUGGUCAACCAUCAACCCACGCGAUGCCCGCUCCAGCCACGACCUCAGGACGAACAGCAAGCCGCGCGUCAGCUACAGGCUCUGCGAGCUCCUCGCUUAUUAGCCCCUCAUACCAUCAAAUACCACUCCCCGACAAUCGCCCAAGUCGAUUCAUCAUUCGGACAGAUGUCCACUACAACUCGGAAACUAACACGUUGACGGCCAUGCUGGAGUUGCCGGGUUUGAAGAAGACCGACCUGAGCAUCGUUCUGUCUAGGUGUCCCUACAAUCGCGUGAAACAAGUCGUUGUCUCGGGAAGAUCAAGACCAGUCCUCCCCGAUAAUGGCUAUGCUGUAAAAGAACGAAAGUUUGGCGACUUUACGCGAACAUUGGUUGUGCCUUCGGAGACGAAGAAGGAGGACUUAUCCGCUGAGAUGCAGGAUGGCAUACUCACUAUCAAAAUUUCUUGCGGACCGACCGCAGAGUCAGAAGGAUCCCAAGAGAUCGCGAUCCAAUGAGUGACUUCAACUUCGUCCAUGAAUCUUCAAAACAUCAAAAUAAUCUCGACACUUUCCAGAUCUCCGGCAAGAGAACAAUGAUGCAUGCUGAACUUACUCUCACUCACUGUUUUUGGUGCUUUCAGUAAAUCCAAAAUGUCUAUAAACCAGCUCUAUCACCCCGUCUAUCACCUGUCUUGGCUUUUCUUAUACCCUUCCUCUUGCGACUCCUCAAAGACAUGUUGUCAUACAUCCAAUUCACCAGUCAAUCCUGGCCCACGGGUUUCUCUCCUCUUAGUAGUAUUUCCGUACUUUUACAAUAUAAAUAUAUAUAUACCAACAAAAGACAUACAAUUACAUUAUACAAUCGCUCUUCUCUCUCCUGUAGCAUAUAGUUACCUUUAUUUAUUACCUAGCUAGUCUUCAUCCACACCGCUUUGUAAACCCGAGCUUGAUCCCAAACAAAAACGGUUUACUAU